GGAGCCAUCGCUACCGUCUCCAGCAUCAGAGGGAGAGGAGCCAUCGCUACCGUCUCCACCAGCAGAGGGAGAAUGCCUGCUGGUUUCGCCUCCACAACCUGGGGAGGAGCCCGAACGUCCUACGCCCGAGUGGGAGGAGCCCGAACGUCCUACGCCCGAGUGGGAGGAGCCCGAACGUCCUACGCCCGAGUGGGAGGAGCCCGAACGUCCUACGCCCGAGUGGGAGGAGCCCGAACGUCCUACGCCCGAGUGGGAGGAGCCUGAACGUCCUACGCCCAAGAGGGGGGAGUCGGUGCGUCCACAGCCCAAGAGGGAGGAGUCGGUGCGUCCACAGCCCAAGAGGGAGGAGUCGGUGCGUCCACAGCCCAAAGAGGGGGGAGUCGGUGCGUCCAUAGCCCAAGAGGUGGAAGUCUGCGCUUCCACAGCCUUAGGACCCAAGCUGCAGUCCCAAGAGCCAGAAGGGGAGGAGUUACAGGCUCAACCCCCUGAAUUUUUCUGGGGGGGAGAAGGGCAGGAUGCUGGUGUUCCCCAGCAGCCUCUAUUUAUGCUGCUGAAGGGAGCACGGCACACGCCAGCCCAGCCGCCACAGCAGAGGGAGCCAGCACCGCCACAGCCUCCCUCUGAGUGGCCAGCAUCCGCCCCAUCGCCUCUGCCUCCACCACCACCAGGAGCAGAGCAGCAGGAGCUGCCUCUGUCUCCACCACCACCAGGAGCAGGGCAGCAGGAGCUGCUUCUGUCUCCACCAUCACCAGGAGCAGAGCAGCAAGAGCUGCCUCUGCCUCCGCCACCUCCACCAGCAGAGGGUGAAUGCCUGCUGGUUCCACAUCCACCGUCGUGGGAGGACUGCUUGCCCCUCCCACCUCCACCAGCAGAGGGUGAAUGCCUGCUGGUUCCGCCUCCACCGUCGUGGGAGGACUGCUUGCCCCUCCCACCUCCACCAGCAGAGGGUGAAUGCCUGCUGGUUCUGCCUCAACCGUCGUGGGAGGACUGCUUGCCCCUCCCACCUCCACCAGCAGAGGAUGAAUACCUGCUGGUUCCGCCUCAGCCGCCGUGGGAGGACUGCUUGCCACUCCCAGCUCCACCAGCAGAGGGACACAGGGUACGAGGGAGAAGUGGAGCUCCCGCUGCCGCCUCCAUGGCCAGGGGCUCCCCUCCCGAGUUCGCCUUCCGAGGGUCCGCUGCGGCUGCCGUCGCCUUCCGAGGGUCCGCUGCUGCUGCCGUCGCCUUCCGAGGGUCCGCUGCUGCUGCCGUCGCCUUCCGAGGGUCCGCUGCUGCUGCCGUCGCCUUCCGAGGGUCCGCUGCUGCUGCCGUCGCCUUCCGAGGGUCCGCUGCUGCUGCCGUCGCCUGGGGUCGCCAGGGAUCCUGCUUCGCCUGGGGUCGUCGAGGGUCCGGCUUUGCCUGGGGUCGCCAGGGAUCCUGCUUCGCCUGGGGUCGCUACACGAUGGCCGGAGCUCCAUGAAAGGGAGCUGCCAGAAAUGAAGAAAGGGGGGGAGGUCAGGAGACCAGCUCCCCCAGCCGCACUUUCGCGGCUGGAGAUCAUGUGGUCGGAGCCCCACGGAGGGGAACUGCCGGCCAUGAAGAAGGGGGGAGAGGUCAGGAGACCAGCUCCCCCAGCCGCACUUUCGCGGCAGGAUAGAGUGUGGCGGGAGCCCCGGAAGAGGGAACUGCCGGCCACGAAGAAUGGGGGGGUGCCAGAGAUUCCACCAUGGCCACCCCCCAGAAGUAACUUGCUUCCCCCUCUUCCGGGACUUUAAGACUGAGGGGGGAGGUGGCCGUUGGGGCCAUGUGUGCUGCGCACAAGGGGGGGCAUGUGUGGCGGAGUGUCCCGCCCCUAUUUAUUAUUAUUUGUAUUUUUGUUUGCGGCGCGGGUAAAAGCGCCGCGUCUUUUAUUAUUAUUUAAAAACCCCGU